UGCUGCGUUGCAUGAUACUUGUUCAGGAGAUAAGACAUGGCAUGUCACACACUAGGACAUAUUCGUUGCUUAACAUAUUAGCUUUUACGGAAUCAAAAAUUAAGUGGAGAAAGAAUAACUCAAAGCAAGAAAAAGAAUAUAAACUUACAUUACCAUACAAAAAGCUUGUCCAUAUCCCUUAUCUGUAACAAGCAAGACCAUUCUUUCAAGCUAUGGACAACUCCAGAAAUGGCUAUUCACAUGCUCCAAAUCAAUCUAAUAGAUAUGACUUAGAUACAAGAUCAUCGGGUUGGCGAAGAAGGCCUGCUUUCUCUGUACAAAACCCUUGGUCCAGGACUGGUUCGAUAGUUAAUAGGCGAUUUCUCGAUGAUCCUCCUUCUGCUUACCCAUCAACUGUGUACUUACUCAUCAAUUCAUUAUCAUCUGAACCUAUUCUGCUUUUGAUUUUAUUUCCAAGUCUUUGCAUACUCUUCAAGAAUUUGAAAACCGAUGUUUUUGACAGAGAUUCAGUACCACCACCACCUACUACUACACAUCAGGUUCCAAUCCGAACCAGCAACAACGUGCGGAGGCAGCACCUAGAGGCACUAAGACAAGCCGUUCACAACCGACAUGAUAGUAGACCCGAGAGCAGCUCAAGAUCAGCAGCAGCAUCACAAGCCAAAGAAGAAGACAACGUUCUGAAAUAUCUAACAAAAGAGACAUACAACCCUGUCCCAAAAAGUCAGCUUCUCAGAAACCUCAGCUUAUACUACAAAAACAAGAACUCAGGCCUCGAAAGCUCGAGAAACCCUCAAGGUUACUCCGGAGGAGACGAGAAGAGAUGCUCAGUGUGUUUAGAAGACUUCGAGCCCAAGGAAACUGUGAUGCUCACUCCAUGCAAACAUAUGUUCCAUGAGGAAUGUAUAGUCCCAUGGUUGAAGAGCAAAGGUCAGUGUCCUGUCUGCAGAUUCAUCAUUCUCACGCCAACAAGACGAGAUCAUUCUCCAGGUAGUAGCCCUGAUAUCGCCGGAGACAUGACAGUGAACGAUCUCUUCACAUUACAGCUAAUCUCUAUGGUACAAGCAAUGGAGGAAACUUUCCUUUUUGGUUAUCAUCAUCGCCAUUGAAUCAUAACUUUGACAUCUCUAUCUUUGUUGUACCUUUAACUAACUCAAAUAAAUAAUACUCCAUCUAAAAAACAGCAAAUAAGGAUA